AUGUCUUCAACAGAGAAAAUAUUGUUAGAUCUAAGGAAAAUAGUACCUCCACUUCUUGGUCAUUUCCACAAAGGCCAAGCAGGCAAAACUGUUGUCGUUGGUGGUUCUGAAAGCUACACAGGUGCUCCUUACUAUUCUUGUAUGUCAUCCAUGCUUUUUGGUGCAGAUAUUGGUCAUAUUAUCUGUGAAUCUGGAGCUGGAAUAGCAAUUAAAACAUAUUCACCUGAUCUAAUUGUGCAUCCUAUAAUGCAGCUCUCUAAAAAUGCAUCAGAGAACAGUAUCAAUGAUAUUAUAAUGAAUAUUUCACAUUUACUGGAACGUUUGCAUGUAGUUGUUGUUGGACCAGGGCUUGGAACGGAUCCUAUGAUGUUAAAAAUAGCAUCUGGAGUUAUUUGUGAAGCUAAGAAGCGUAAAAUGCCUAUUGUAAUUGAUGCUGAUGGUUUUUACUGUAUACAAGAUAAACCAGAAAUUAUUGCAGGAUAUAGUAAUGCUGUAUUGACUCCUAAUAUUGCAGAAUUUUCAAGAUUAUGUCGUGCAUUUAAUAUAAAUGAAGACAGUUCUUGUGAAUAUCUUGCAAAUAAACUUGGUGGAGUGACAAUUUUGAAAAAAGGAAUCACUGAUUACAUAUCAAAUGGCAGGCAGACACUUCAAGUUAAUAUAAAAGGUGGUCCUAAACGGUGUGGAGGACAAGGUGAUAUUCUUACAGGUAUACUUUCAACAUUAUUAGCAUGGAGAAAAGCAUAUUUAGAGAAUUUAUGGGACCAUGAUAAAACUUUAGAUGAACACCAAUCAUUAAUUUUAUCUGUAUUUGGUGCAGCAUGUACAACACGUUAUUGUUCAUAUCUUGCAUUUAAAGAUAAGAAAAGAGCAAUGGGUGCGACAGAUAUGAUGAACUUUAUUGGAAAUGCGUAUCAAUUGUUGUUUGAAAGGUAA